AUGGUGGCGAGCCUCUCCCUUCAAACCGACGACAGGAACAAGCCAGGAGCCGAUGGGAGCGUGGGUGCAGGAAGAGACCAGGACCCACGCAGACAUUUAUCUCAUUCCAUCGAAGAGAUUCUGAGGAAGCCCACUUGUGUCAGAGAAGAAGCAAGAGCUCAUCACAAUCGGUCUUUUGUUAAGGAGAACACCAGGUUAUCUAACCACAAUUCAUGCACAGAUGUGAGAAAAAAGAGACAAACCAGGGUGACUUUUACACCGCUCCAGGUGCAGGAGCUGGAGAAUGUCUUCCAGCAGACUCACUACCCGGAUGUUAACACCAGAGAGCAGUUGGCUUCAUGUCUGCACCUGACUUUGGGAUGUAUACAGAUCUGGUUUCAGAACCGUCGAGCUAAAUGGAGGAAAAGUGAAACCCUAAAAGAUAUUCAGCAAGCACACUUCCCUGUGAAUCCCCAGAUCUUUUAUGAGAAGCCACAGAUGGGUGCAGUGUGCUGGCUGCCAUGUUGCUCACAUGAGUCACUGCAAUCAAGAUUGUUCCUUACAGCUAAGUUCCCACCCAUACAUAUGACACAUUACAGAAGUCUGUAUUUUGACCUUCUGGACACAGACAUCCAGAUAGAGACCACUACUGCACAUGAUGACACAAUUAGGUUGUGA